AUGACCAACAACGCUGUCAUACAGAGUAACAUCCUUAACAUGCACAAUAAGCUACGGAGAAAAGUGAAACCCACUGCCAGCAACAUGCUGAGGAUGAGCUGGAGCCCCACAGUUGCUGACUCUGCGCAGCGUUGGGCGAACCAAUGUUCUUUAAAACACAGUUCAGAAGAAACGAGAAAAAUAAAUGGCCAAAAAUGUGGUGAAAAUAUCUACAUGGCACCUGCACUUUUCUCAUGGUCACGUGUAAUGAAGGAAUGGCAUGAUGAUGAAGUGAAAAUCUUUAGAUUUGGUACUGGACCUACAGCAGCUGGAAUGGUCGGCCAUUACACUCAGAUAGUUUGGUACAACUCUCGUGAAUUGGGAUGUGCUCUCGCCUAUUGCCCUCAUCAGGCAAAACAUAAGUACUUUUAUGUUUGCCACUACUGCCCAACAUUUGUGCCCACACUGAUAAAUGGGAAAGAAACCAAGGCCCAUUAUACAGUGUUUGGACAAAGCUGGCAACAAGAAUUUGAACUGAAUACAAUCCUUCGUCACGGAUUUAGCCCAUCCGCUGGUUAUAGUUCAGCCAAGGAACCCCUGAAUGUCUGCCACAGAAACACGGGGCAUUGUGAAGGAUUUAUGGCACCUGCAAUUCAUGUGAGGCACUUCCAAGGCCUCUUGGAAUACACUGUGCUGUGA